GUCCAUUUCGUGAAAGCAAACACCCCUUGGCUUUUGAAACGUCCUCUCGCUGACUUCUUCAACUGCUUUCGAUCCAAUGCCACGCAUAUCUCACUUCAUCGAUAUAUCUUCCAAUCAAACUUUUCUCAGUGAGCUGAACCCAGUCAUAUUCCACUUGUCACCGUAUGAGUGGAAACAUUCAUCCAUGUUCAGAAGUGCUCUCGUUAGUGAACACACUAAUGAUCUCCCCAAUGGGCCCCACAUGUUGACCAUAUCCACAUGACCUGAGCGUCCCCACCGUCUCCGAUCGAGAUCCGUUGUAGGCGCUUCUUUUCCUCCUUUGGUUCUUUCGCACUCUCUCUCUAAAUCAACCACUUGUUUCCUGUUGCUCCCUCUGUCCCUACGUCUUUCUCUGCAAUGGUCUGAAAACCCUAAGGAGGAAACGUCUGCGGAGGAGGCCAUUCAGGUGAUGCGAAGAAGCGUCGUCGAUUACUGCUGCUGAAACCAUGGACAGCAAUGGCGGGGUUCUUGUCUAGUGCGGCCGUGAGCAUCUCGUAUUCGUGCGCCUGCAAUCGGGUUUCAUGGCGAAUAACUAGUAAAUUCUGAGGAGUGCUAUUGAGACUGGGUUUCUUCCUUAUCAUGUCUGACUUGGUGGCACGUACGGGUCGGCUUCAGCAGCGGUACGAGAAUGGUUUUCGCCUUGUUGCCGGGUGUAUACCAUUCAGGUAUAGAAUUUCUAAUAGCAGUGGAGAGUCCAGUUCAGAGAAGAUUAUUGAAGUUCUCAUGAUUAGCUCACAAAGUGGACCAGGUCUUCUUUUUCCAAAGGGAGGUUGGGAGAACGAUGAAACUGUUAAGGAGGCAGCUGCAAGAGAAGCUAUUGAAGAGGCAGGUGUUCGAGGAGAACUAAAGGAUUUUCUUGGGUUCUAUGAAUUUAGGAGCAAGACACAUCAGGAUGAAUUCAGUCCAGAAGGUUUAUGCAAAGCAGCGAUGUUUGCUUUGCAUGUCAAGGAAGAACUUGAGUCAUGGCCUGAGCAAAGUACCAGAAACAGGAGUUGGCUGACUGUACCGGAGGCAUUUGAAAGAUGCAGACAUGAAUGGAUGAGGGAUGCUCUUGAUUCCUUUUCCAAAUGCCAUAAGGAUUAUUGGUGAGUAUUGCAAGGGAGGAUCUUUCAUAAUAAAACUGACUGAUUUGUUGAGAACUGAUCUAUAGGGUACCAGUAUCUUCUCCGAUAAAAGUUAUAGUUUUGGGUUGAUAUUAGUUGUGAUCUGCAUUACACAAUCUGUUGUUCAAGUCUUUGUGAAUUGAUCUCUUCAGAAUGAUUCGUAAGAGUUAAUUCUGAAAUCUUCUGAAUUGAAGUACUAGUUCAUGCGAUUAAGUGAUUUACUUCUGUACCCCCAAUUCAUAUUCAUGCCUUUGUACGUGUGUUGAACAUAA